CGGGCCGGGCGGGGCGGGGCGGGGCGGGCGCAGGAGGCCGCUCCGCCGCUAUAAGAGCGGAAGCGGCGGCGGCAGCUCCGCUCUCUGUGCCCGGUUCUGUGAGCCCUGCCCGGCCCAUCCCGCCGACAUGGCGCUGUCCGGGGACCCCCACUUCAAGAAGCUGCUGGAGUGGCACAAGGCGAACGCCUCCAAGCUGGUCCUGCGGCAGCUCUUCGAGGCCGACAAGGAUCGCUUCCAGAAAUUCAGCUUGACCCUGAACACUGACCAUGGGGAUAUCCUACUGGAUUACUCCAAGAACCUUGUCACAGAAGACGUGAUGAAAAUGCUGAUGGAACUGGCGAAGUCACGGGGUGUGGAGAGUGCCAGAGAGCGCAUGUUCAGCGGGGAGAAGAUCAACUUCACUGAGAACCGAGCUGUACUCCACAUCGCUCUGAGGAACCGCUCCAACACGCCGAUCCUUGUAGAUGGGAAGGAUGUUGUUCCAGAGGUGAACAAAGUGUUGGACAAGAUGAAACACUUCUGCCAGAGGGUCCGCAGUGGUGAAUGGAAAGGCUACUCUGGCAAGGCAAUCACUGACGUGGUCAAUAUUGGCAUCGGUGGCUCUGACUUGGGCCCUCUGAUGGUGACUGAAGCCCUGAAACCCUAUUCCAAGGGGGGCCCUCGUGUCUGGUUUGUGUCCAACAUCGACGGGACUCACGUAGCCAAAACCCUGGCUGAGCUCAAACCAGACACCACUCUCUUCAUCAUUGCAUCAAAGACCUUCACCACCCAAGAGACGAUCACCAACGCAGAGACGGCCAAAGAGUGGUUCCUGCGUGCUGCCAACGAUCCUUCAGCUGUGGCCAAGCAUUUCGUUGCCUUGUCUACCAAUGCUCCUAAAGUUAAAGACUUUGGAAUUGACCCAGAGAACAUGUUUGAGUUUUGGGAUUGGGUUGGGGGCCGUUACUCUCUCUGGUCUGCCAUUGGUCUCUCCAUUGCCCUGCAUAUUGGUUUUGACAACUUUGAGAGUCUGCUCGCAGGAGCCCACUGGAUGGACAAGCACUUCCACACCGCCCCCCUGGAGAAGAACGCGCCUGUCCUGCUGGCCAUGCUGGGGGUGUGGUACAUCAACUGCUACGGCUGCGAGACCCACGCCCUGCUGCCCUACGACCAGUACAUGCACCGCUUCGCUGCCUACUUCCAGCAGGGUGACAUGGAGUCUAAUGGCAAGUACAUCACCAAGAAGGGCUCCCGUGUGGACUACAACACCGGCCCCAUCGUGUGGGGCGAGCCUGGCACCAACGGGCAGCACGCCUUCUACCAGCUCAUCCACCAAGGAACUCGCAUGAUUCCCUGUGACUUUCUGAUCCCAGUGCAGACCCAGCAUCCCAUCAGAAAUGGCUUGCAUCACAAGAUCCUUCUGGCCAACUUCCUGGCCCAGACGGAGGCGCUGAUGAAGGGCAAGACGGCCGAGGAGGCUCGGAAGGAGCUGCAGGCGGCGGGGCUGAGCGGGGAGGCCCUGGAGAAGCUCCUUCCCCACAAGGUCUUUGAGGGAAAUCGACCAACCAAUUCCAUCAUGUUUACAAAACUCAACCCAUUCACUCUGGGAGCCAUCAUUGCCAUGUAUGAGCACAAGAUAUUUGUUCAAGGAGUUGUCUGGGAUAUUAACAGUUAUGACCAGUGGGGAGUUGAGCUUGGAAAACAACUUGCCAAGAAAAUUGAGCCCGAACUGGAGUCAGAUGCUCCAGUGACAUCUCAUGAUAGCUCAACAAAUGGGCUCAUCAACUUCAUCAAAAAACACAGAGCCUGAAAGGAAGUACUUGGAGGACAUCGACAAUCUCACCACCGAAUACCCAAAUCUCUUGUAGUUGUGCUUUUUUAGCCACUUCUAACAAAAAUAGCACUUUACAGACGUAGCUUCUUCACUUGUUGCAGUUAAUCUUGUUGCGUCAAGUGUUACAAAUGGAAACUAGUUUUGUGAAACCCUGAGAUUGUCUAGUUGCUUUCUAUUUUUGUGGCUGUUAAUCUGUAAAGUGCAGCUGGUAUAUUCCUCAAUUCUUACCCCUCAACUUCCUUAAAGAUGAUCACCUACCGAUGUUAGAAAAUAAAAGGUAUGAUGGAUGAGUAAAACUUCUUCACUCUUUAAAAGUGCAACCUUAGUAACAUUUGCCUCACUCACUGUGUAAGGUUCUUUGAAGCCAAGUAAACUAAUUUCUGUCUCUUUGGACUGGUUCUGCUGUAAGCUGGAAACUAGAAUGUGCUCAGAGAAUCAGAUCUACAGCUGUAGGUUGUUCAGGUUAGACAUUUCAUGCAUUUGAGCAAGAUACAGAUUUAUUUUUUUUUUCCGAAUGCUACUGUGAAAAUGAAAGUUUACUGAUGUUUGGUAAAAGUUUUCAUGUUUUGUCUGUAAGCUAUGUGGACAGCUAUCCAAAAAAAGAAAACUCCUGGAUUGACUUAUACCAGUUUUCCAGAGUUUGUGAAGCAAAAGGUUGGGAUCACAUGUGGAAGAAGUGUAUUUUUGGUAUCCUAGAGGGGCAGUUUCACACUCUUAAAUCAGCAUCACUGUCCAACAACAACAAAAAAAAUAGAGAAACCUAUUUGUCAACAAGUUGUUUAUCCUCUUUUGUCCUCUACUACUGUUACCCCCUCUUUGCUAGUGGACUGGCAUGCUCUGGCCUAUUGUUCUGUAACACCUUUAAUAAAGGUAAGACACAAGCAUUGAAAGGA